GUAAUAUUUGCAAUCAUAUGUAGUUUAUACAAGCAACAUGACCAAUGUAAUGUUAGAAGAUGCAUUAUCUAAUGUUGAUUUGUUAGAGGAGUUACCUCUACCUGACCAACAGCCAUGUAUUGAACCUCUGCCAACAUCCCUUGUGUAUCAAGCAAACUUCGAUACAAACUUUGAGGAUCGGAACGCUUUUGUAACGGGGGUGGCAAAGUACAUUGAAGAAGCCACAGUUCACUCGAAUAUGAACGCGAUGUUAGAGGAAGGCCACACAUACGCAGUAAUGUUGUACACCUGGCGUAGUUGUUCGCGUGCUAUACCACAAGUUAAAUGCAAUGAACAAGCAAACAGAUCCGAGAUUUAUGAAAAGACCGUCCAAGUUCUGGAGCCUGAGGUUCAAAAACUGAUGAAGUUCAUGCAUUUUCAGAAACUUGCUGUUGAAAAGUUCAUGGGGGAAGUGAAGCGUUUAUGNCNNNNGGAGCGUCGUAAAGACUUUGUAUCUGAAGCUUACCUUCUUACACUGGGGAAGUUUAUUAAUAUGUUUGCUGUGUUGGAUGCGUUGAAGAAUAUGAAAAGCAGCGUCAAGAAUGAUUAUUCAGCUUAUAGGAGGUAAUGUUGUGUUUACUUGAAACCA